CUCACCUUGGCCUUUGACCCAUGACAUGGUGAUGAACCAGCUUGGCCUCCACCACCAAUUUCUGACCCCUCACUUUAUAUACGCUCACUCCUAAACCAACAUCUCAGAUUGCUUUCAGCUCUUGCUCUACGAAUAGGAAGACAAUAUAAUCAUCCAGCAGCAAAAAUGCAAGCCCAAGUUUUCAGGCGUCGCAACCAGGCUCCCGGUUUCGGGUUGCAGGAGGACAUCAAGGCCAUUAGCGAAUGCCUGGACCCGAAGCCCAUCCCUACACCAUCUGAAGAUCCCGAACAAGUCAAGUCCACAAGCGACACCAUCACGCUCGAGUCCUUCACCUCGCAGGACGCCUACGAGCUGGGCCACCUGCUGCACGCGCGCCUGCACCCGAUCGCGCGGUGGCAGGGCAGGCCGACGCUCGUGUCCAUCUCGCUCGCCAACGGCCAGGUGCUGUUCCAGUGCGCCGUGGGGUCGGGCACGUCGCCCGACAACGAGCGCUGGGUGGCGCGCAAGCGCAGCACCGUCUUGCGCUGGGGCUGCAGCACCUGGCUCAUGCACUGCAAGUACGCCGGCGACGAGGACAAGUUCCGCGCAAAGUUUGGCAUGUCCCCCGACGAGGCUUCGGGAUACGCCAUACACGGCGGUGGGUUCCCCGUCAGGGUCAAGGGCGUCGAGGGCGUCGUUGCCGUCGUCGUCGUCAGUGGGUUGAAGCAGCAUGAGGACCAUGGCGUCAUUGUCGAGACGUUCAUGGAGCAUUGGGAGCCUGUGUCUACGUAAAGAGGUUCCUGGCAUUCGGUGGGGCAAGAGCUCAGCGGACGGCAAGGUAAGGAGACAUCCUUUGGUUUAAGAGGGAUAGGAUGGCACGACAGAAGGCAUUGUGGUGCUUUGUUGGGUAGUUUUCACUGUGCGAUAGACAUUUCUUUCGUCGUCAGGGCUCUCUUUGAUCAUCAUCUGCACAUAUUUGGUGCAAUGAUCAGGAACAAAUCACGGGGCUUGGCUUGUGGUUAUGGGAUUUGACCCCCUCAACGCAACAAGUUCAGCCGAGUUGCCGUGUUGUUCUUUAAAGCUUCAUCAUCCGACAUCUGAGUAUAUAUAAGCUUAAACAAUGGAUGCAACAGUGUUCUUAGUAACAGAUGACGGCUACUGGAUUGCACUUUGGAGAACAAAAUUGCGAAACUGAUGACCUCUUUUAUUUUUCUUUUAUCAUCAAGAUCAUUUCUUCUUCCGGGUGGAGCUGUUGACAAGCUUUUUCUUGAGGUGUUUGGGCAUCUUGUCCUUACGUUUCUCCCUCUUCGCCUCCUUGACAGCUUGUUUGUGCUCCUGUAAAAAUCCAGUUAGCGUCCAUACCAAAACACGGAAAGCUUCA